AUGAAAUCAAAAGGCGUAGCGGAUGUCUCCUCCAGUCCGAUCAAACUAAUCGGCAAAACCGGUGCCUCUUCCAGCCUCAACAUCGGCGUUAGGGGCAAAGCCUCUGUUUCUUCCAGCGCUAAAGGCAAAGCUAUCGUCUCCGACAACGUAGGGGAUGUGGUUACCUUCAAAGGCGUGACAUUCGGGCCCCAUGAAGGCGAGGUACAGUUUCGGUUGAUCCACUUUUGGGAGGUUUGGAAUGCUCAGACGAAGGUGCUUAUCGACCUCGAAAUGCUUCUCAUCGAUGAAGAGGAAACUGUAAUCCAGAGCUUCAUUCCCCAUGGAAGGAUUGAGACUUAUUUGCGUCACAUGAAAGCUGGUGCUACUUACCGACUCAACAAGUUUUACGGAUCAAAGAGCAAGACUAUUUACCGGGUAGCUGAACCAAGUGUCACUAUUAGCUUCUCAGGGAACUCUGUCAUCUCUGUUCUCGAGGACAGUUCGAUCCGUUUCCCUGAGGAUUGGUUCCGGAUCCAUGGAUACAAAGAAUUUGAAGCUGCAUGCGACUUGAGAGGUGAUCUUUAUGGUAAGUUCUCAACAUCAUUACACCCCAUCACUUCUCUGCUUGAUGAAGCAGAGAUAGCUGCAUCCCGCCGAGUUGAGCUUCAUGUUCAAACACAUGAAGAUCUCGUGUUGAAGUUGUACCUCUGGGACAAGGUUGCCUUUGAGUUCUGUGAAAAGUUUAAAGCAUCUGGAGGCACUGCACGUGUUAUCUUAGUCACCACCUUAAACCCGAAACGGUUUGUAGGCGUCCUAUCUCUAUCUUCUAUGACGCCUUCACGGGUAUUUCUGGAUAGUGAUGUCCAAGAAACCCGGUUAUACCUCAGUUGGCUGAACUCGAAGUUAGAUGUUGCCAACAGAGUUAACGCAAAGGUGGUCACCAAGCCUGAGACAGCGACCUUGGGGAAACUUUUCUCCUAUAUGAAGCAGGCACCCGCUAAGGUUGCUUGGUUUGAGUGCAUAAAAACUAUUGAUGAUGUUGUGCACGGUUCUGGGUGGUAUUAUAUAGGCUGUGGUGUGUGCCAUACUAAGGCAACCAAAGGGCCUACAACGCUUUUGUGUAAGAAAUGUGGGAAGAGUGAAAUUGUUGGUGUGGCACAGUACCUGUCGAAGCUCUCUGUUUAUGACCACAAUGAUCAAGCCGUAUUUGUUGUCCUUGGUGAUGCUGGUGAGGAGUUGACUGGAAAGAAAGCUGCUGAAUUGGUUGAGAGCUAUUACCAGGCCAAUGAUAGUGUAGGAGAGGAUCAUAUAGUUCCAGUGCCUCAAGCUAUGAUUGAUACCAUUGGACAGACACGGAAGUUCAUUGUGAAGGUUUUAAAUCACAAUCUGACUGCCAAGAGCCAGACUUUAACUGUGACAAAGGUGCUCCCUCUUGAAGCCCCAGAACCCGAAGGCAACUUAGGAGAGAAUGUUGAUGAGGAACCUGAUAAUGAAAGGGAGGAUCAUGCAGAUGAGUCGGUGAAAAGGGGUGAUGAUGGGAUUGAGUCAGAAGGUGCUAAGCGUGCCAAAAGUGGCUAA